AUGGAAAACCAAGAUCCAGGUCUCACCUACGCCCAAAACCACUACUCAGAGGAGAAAAUUAUCCCGGAGACGGGAGGUCAGCUGAUCUCAGAAAAGAAGACGGGAGGUCAGCUGAUCUCAGAAAAGGAGUCAGGAGGUCAGCUGAUCUCAGAAAAGGAGUCAGGAGGUCAGCUGAUCUCAGAAAAGGAGACAGGAGGUCAGCUGAUCUCAGAAAAGGAGACGGGAGGUCAGCUGAUCUCAGAAAAGGAGACGGGAGGUCAGCUGAUCUCAGAAAAGGAGACGGGAGGUCAGCUGAUCUCAGAAAAGGAGACGGGAGGUCAGCUGAUCUCAGAAAAGGAGUCAGGAGGUCAGCUGAUCUCAGAAAAGGAGUCAGGAGGUCAGCUGAUCUCAGAAAAGGAGACAGGAGGUCAGCUGAUCUCAGAAAAGGAGACAGGAGGUCAGCUGAUCUCAGAAAAAGAGUCAGGAGGUCAGCUGAUCUCAGAAAAGGAGUCAGGAGGUCAGCUGAUCUCAGAGAAGGAGUCAGGAGGUCAGCUGAUCUCAGAAAAGGAGUCAGGAGGUCAGCUGAUCUCAGAAAAGGGAGACAGGAAAGAUGGGGUCAGAUGA